AUCUACUUCUGUUGGGGGAAAAUUGAAGCCUAAACCAUCAGUCUUUCAAAACUCUAUCUAUCUAUGGUUGUUUUGUCAUAUGUCGUAUUUAUCGGUUGACCAUUGAAAAUCCUUGAGGUCCUUCGUAAGUGAACAUGUAAUCUCGUAUUUAUGUCGGUAACCCAAUAUAGGGGGCGGACGCGGUCCGCGAAUACAAAAUACGGCAAUUGACAAUCACGCUCGUCUUUGGUCGAUGUUUCAUAGCUGGCAGCUUAUCUCAUAGUUUUUCCUCACUUUGUCUCUGUGUAUGUGAAUGAUCGACGGUUUCUAAAUUGUGUGCUGGAAUUACUGGUUUGCGCCUGCUCAGCAUUGUCAAGGAGCCAAUGUUUUUACAACAUUAAACCCCCAUGCCAAUAUUAAGCCAACACAAGUCGACUCUUUUUCACAUGCGACGUUCGAACGAUGUCUUCUUAUAUUGUCAACCGCCAGUUUAGGAGAGACAAUGUUUUAAACGACGACGGCGGCGUUGUAACAUAACGUCAGCGAGCAGAUGUAAGCGUAUGAGCAGUGAAAACAUCCUUCAUUAGAACGUCCGUUUUCAAUACUUAGUGCAAUUUUGUGAGCCAUCAGUAAUGGAUUCUAUAGAUGUACCCGCUAAGCCUUAAAUAAGAAAAUCAAGAUUGACACGGACAGAUAUUUUGAUUUUACAAUCGGUCGGAUAAGAGACAAGUGAUAGACUGAAAGUGUACAAAAUGUGGCGUUUUUCAUUAUCCAUGCGUCGGUUGGCAACAAUGCCACCAUGUAACUUCAAGCCAGAAACUUACCACGGGCCGAGAGCUAGCGAGAUAUUGGCGCAGCGAAGGAAGUACCUCAACCCUUCGCUCACAUUGAACCUGUUCUACAGUCGUCCAUUAUACGCUACUCAGGGCCACAUGCAGUGGCUGUGGGACGAGGAAGGUCAUCGAUAUUUGGACAUGUUCGCCGGAAUUGUCACCGUCUCUGUAGGCCACUGUCAUCCGAAGGUGACAGCAGCAGCGGAAAAACAACUGCGUACGCUAUGGCACACGUCGAACAUAUACCUUACUAGGCCUGUUCAUGAAUUUGCAGAGAGACUGACAUCAAAACUACCAGGUGAUCUGAAAGUAUGCUACUUUGUAAACAGUGGUUCGGAAGCCAACGAUCUGGCGAUGGUGUUGAUGAGAGCUCACACCGGCGCAUGGGAUGUCAUCUCUCUGAGGAACGCCUAUCAUGGCAUGAGCCCAUACUGCUCUAAUCUUUGCGCGGUGUCGAGCUACAAGAGACCUCAACCAGGUAAUUUUGGUGUGCAUCACAGCAUGAACGCGGACCCGUAUCGGGGAGUGUGGGGUGGUCGAGCCUGCCGGGACGGACCGGUACAAACUGAUCGACAAUGUACCUGUCCCUUGAAUUCGUGUCAUGCCGCUGAUUUGUAUGCCAGCCAAGUAAAAAACCUGCUUGAACACUCAACUCCUAAGAAAGUCGCAGGAUUUUUUGCCGAAAGCAUUCAAGGCGUUGGUGGAACGGUCCAGUUUCCAAAGGGAUAUUUGAAGCAGGUCUAUGAGAUGGUCCGUGCCAAAGGCGGACUGUGUGUUGCUGAUGAAGUCCAAACUGGGUUUGGCAGGCUGGGAAGCCACUACUGGGGUUUCGAAACACACGAUGUUAUUCCUGACAUCGUUACGAUGGCCAAAGGCAUUGGAAAUGGAUUUCCAUUAGCCGCUGUCGUUACCAGACCUGCCGUCGCAGCUGCGCUAACGGAGGCAAACUACUUUAAUACAUUUGCCGGAAACCCAUUAGCAUCUGCCGUCGGCUGUGCGGUCCUUGACGUUAUCGACGAAGAAAAACUGCAGGUCAAUUGUACGAACGUGGGGACUUAUUUACUGUUAGAACUCAACAAAUUAAAGGCUCAUUGUCAAACAGUUGGAGAUGUGCGCGGCAAAGGAUUGAUGAUUGGAGUUGAGUUAGUGACGAAUCGUGAAACCAAACAGCCGUUGGAAGCAGAUAAAAUGUUGAAGAUUAUGGAUCGAAGCAAGGAAAUGGGUUUACUAAUUGGUCGCGGUGGAAACAAUGGCAACGUCAUUCGUAUUAAGCCCCCAAUGUGCGUCACGAAACAAGAUGCGGAUUUUACUGUUGAAGUGUUGGCAGAAUGUCUCGCAUACAUCGAAAAGCAACAAUAGAAGAACUCGUGUUCUUAACGAACGAAUAGGUCGCAUUAUUGUCGAUCAUUUACGCAAAUACACAUGUGUCUAGCGUGUA